AUGUGUUAUACAAUAGGAAACUUUGUUGGUGCGUUUGUGCACCAUUGGUUUUAUCAGUUAAGUAUUUCCUGUUCAGACAAGUUAGCGCGAGAACUUGACGUACGCAGUACGCAUUUGCAGGUGUUUACGUUAGUUGCGUUUUAAUUUCUGACUGAAAGUGAAUUGGAAGCUGCCGUUGAAGAAGCUGGACGAGAACUGUGCUCUUGAUGCUGUUUA